CUCAGCCUCAGCCUCAGUUGCCAUCGAGAAACGCACCACGCACACACAAAGAAGCCAGAAAAAAUAUUUUAUUUGUUCUCAGUGUUUUAUUAUUUUUAUUAAAUUCUAUUUUCUUUUGCUGUCAAAGGAUUAUGCGGCUUUAGUUUUUCUUUGCUUGUUUUAAAUUAAAAAAACAUAGUUAUUAUAAUUUUUAUUGAGAGUUUACGCGUUUGUUACACCCAUUUAAUGCGACUUUAUUUUACUUGUAUUUGUUCAAAUUAUUUCCGCACAACUUGUCCAAAAGUUCAAACGGAUUACUAAAUAAAAUUCCAAAUUGAUAACGCUGUCGAUUCUGUGAACAUAGAAAAUAGUUUAUUCAACAAUUAAAUUGCGAACAAUCAUCAUUUUGCUUCGGCCAACAAGUUGCACACCAAAACCGCAAAACUGCCUCCAAGUUCUAGUGCCAGUCACCGAUUCCAGCCACACUUCAGAGAUCACAGCAUCAUAAUCCUUCACUAAGUGACACCGCAAAAACAUGACUGAGCGUUCCUACAGCUGGCCCUGUGAUGGAGGCGUUGAUCACGCUGCCGCUGCCGCCUACUAUGCCGCAGCCCAAGGACCAAUCUACUCAACCGCAAUGCCACCGCAAUCGGCGCUGUGCGCUGACUUCAACAACAAUCCGGGUGGAGGCGGAGGAGCGUUGCGUUACUUCAAUGGAUUGCCUGGGUAUAUGCCACCGCCUGGAAUACUGGCGAAUAAGUAUAGCGGACCGGCGAUGCCGUCGCAUCUGGAGGUCUGUCAGUAUGCGCAUGCGAAUGGCAGCGCCUCUUGCUACAAUCGCAAUCGGUAUAUGCCCUAUAAUCACAAUCGAGCGUGCGCUUCGGCUGCUGCCAUGGCCACCAUCAAUGGGCAUCCGCUGAUGCAGCAGCAGCAGCAGCAACAACAUCAUCAUCAUCAGCAGCAACAGCAACAACAGCAACCGUUGAUCUCCAGCAAUUAUCCAGGCGUGGGUUAUCAGCCAUCGCUCUUUGCGCCCAUCUACCAACAGAUGGCGCCACUGGCCACGCCCACUACGCUGCCAGCAGUCAGCGUCUCCUCUGCCACGCCCAGUGUCAGCAGUGCGGCAGACUUUGGCUACACCAACGAACUGAUCAACACCAUGGCACCCAGUGUGCUGCCUUUGUCCUGCUCCAGCAGCAGCAGCUCCUCCAACAACAGCAGCAGCAAUGCCAACAACUCGGCAGCUUCUGGCGAGACUUAUGCUAAUGCAAAUGGUAAUGCUAAUGCUAAUGCAAGCACUAAUGGCAGCGCCAAUGUGGCCAGCGAUACCAGCGAUGCUGUCACGCUGCAAAUCACCAAUCUCGACUACUCCAUGGAUGAGGCAAGCCUGCGCAACUUCCUCAUGAGCCAGUUGAAGCCCAUCACUCCCGUCAUCUCGCUCAACUUUGAGGGCAGCUCCUAUGCCAAGGUCACUGUGCCCGAUCUAUAUUUCGCCAAGCAGGUGGUGUCCAAUUUGCACCGCAAGAAGAAUGGCCACAAGCGCAUGUUGGUCAGCUACACUCGCGACUCUUCGCUUACCGAGGUCAACACGCUGCGCUGCCAAGUCGCCGGACUGCUGAAGGAUGUUCCGUAUUAUACACUACCCAUGUAUAAGUUCCGCGAGCUCUUCCAGUCCCGUUUCAAGACGUCGAUCAGUGUCCUGGAUUUGUAUAAAAUGCAAGACAUCUGCACAAUCAACGCAGACAACAAUGAAGACAAGUUCAUCAGCCUGCAGCCGGAGCUGGUCAACACACUAGAGAGUUCCCCCCUGAUGGAGGGACUGCAGCACAGCGUGCCCUACUGCACUGUGCACUUCAAAAGGGAGCAGCACAAGGGUUGGGCCGAACAGGAGAUUGAACCGCUGCCCAAUGUGUGCAUGACGAUUGCGGAGAUCCAACAGUUGAUCUAUCCACUGUUGAAGCAUCAUCCGGGUGACAUUCCUGUGGCCACGCUGCUGCACUGCAUCGAGGGGCAGCUUAAGGUACAGAUCUCAGCGAAUGAGAGCGGUGUUAAUUUAGAGCACUUGGUGUGCUGUGUCCAAGGCAUUCAGAUCCAAGUGAACAACUUUGGCAUCAAGAUCCUAGGUUGGCUGGAACUCAACAAGGAUUUGAAUUCCACGAGCGGCAGCAGCUCAAUCGCUGCCAGCUCCAGCGCCAGUCUGAACACCAGUGAACGUUCAAGCGGUGCUUCCAAUGCUGGUGGCUACUUCAAGAAUUCGGUAGCUGAUCCGCUGUUCCAGAUCUCACGCGAGGUCAUUGAGUUGGUCAAGAUGUCGCCCAAGUCGACGAUGAAGUUCAAUCGCUUCAUACCCGCCUAUCACAAUCACUUUGGGAAACAAUGUCGCGUCGCUGACUACGGUUACACCAAACUGAUUGAGCUCUUUGAAGCUUUAUCCUCGGUGGUUCAGAUCAUGGGUGAUGGCGAGAAUCGACAGAUUACGCUCACUCAUCGCACUCAAAUUAGACGCUUUACUUCUGAUCUGUUGCGAGUGUUGCGGGCUCAUGGCAACAGCUCCGUGUUGUUGUCCCAAUUACCGGGGAUCUUCGCUCAAACGCAGAAUCGGACUUUCGAUGUCACCGACUACGGGGUGUGUGACAUUGUGGAUAUCUUGGAUGGCCUGGUCAAUAGUAAUAUUGUGGUGCUCAACACUGUGCAACAGGGCAAGGAUAUACUAAUCUCAAUGCCCAAGCGGAAGCAGACCAACACCGAACUCGAGAAGAUCUCUGUGUUUGCGGGGGAGAUGGUCGAGUUGUUUCAGAAUGCUUUGCAGUACACGAUUCUGUUCCAGAAGUUUGUGCGUUCCUAUCACUAUCACUUUGCCUAUCAGUGUCGCCUGAGUGAUUAUGGCUUCUUUAAGCUAGCCGAUCUCAUGGAUGCCAUUCACGGCGUUGUGGAGUUGGAGCAGAGCAACGAUGAGGACAAGAAGAUCAUGUUGUCUCCCAAGAUGGCCCGACGUGUGUUUGCCGAGCAGUGCGAGGAUCUCAUCCGCAAUGCCACCGGCAACUCCACCAACUGCAUGAAACUCGAGCAGAUUCUGACGCUGCACAAGAAGAAGUAUGGCUAUCAGAUGCAACCUCAGACGUUGGGCGUCAAGGACAUUGCCAGCGCCAUUGAGCUACUCCCCUAUGUGGAGGUGUUGCACAAGGAGCAAACCACCUGGUUGAUCUGUCAUAGCGACGACAUGGAGUUCCGUCAGCUAUGCCAUCGGGCCUGUAAGCAGCUACUGCAACGGGACUCUUCUUCGCCUGUCAAGCCAGAUGUGAAGCAGGAACCGUUGACGAAAGCUCAAUUCCUUGAGGACUUCAAUUCGAAGCACAAGCAACAGCUCACAGAGUCGACGCUGUCCGCCAUGCGACAUGCUAUCGAGAUCUAUACGGAAGCGGAUCAAACCUGUGUGCGCCUUACACCCUUUAUGCGAUUCCUUGUCUCGCUGGUGCGUCUCUUGGAGCAGCGUCCCAGCAUGUAUCUGCAUGAGCUGAAGACCGCCUUGGACUGCAGCCUGACGACCACCUUUGAGUUUGGCUUCCCCAACUUGUACACAGUGAUUGUGGCCCACGAUGAUCUCUUCACCAUCAACAAUGGACCCACCCAGGAGCGCAGUGAUGUCGCCUUGAAUGUCAACUGUGAACUACGCAUUAGUGCCGGGGCAAGUCAUCAGCACUUGUUUGGCUCGCUCAAGUUGCCGUAUGCCAAGCAUAAGACACAGCGUCAAUCACGCUCUGCUCUCGGCGAGCACAAUCGUCCGGCUCCGGCUCAAUCACCGCCGCCGCACAAGACUCGGGCCAUAGCCAGUGAGUACGCUAAUGCGGUGAACAGCUCGCUGAACAAUACGGCCUACAAGCCGCAGGUGAAGGUGAAUAGCUUCCAGGCAUAUCAGGAGCACUUUGCAGCCGCUGCUGUUCCCACAACUCACAAGUAUUCGCCACCUAGUUUGGCCAACUGCUCUGUGAUGUCGUCCACAUUGCUCAACAGCUCGGGUUCCGCUUCGAGUUUGUGGAGCAACUGCAGCAACAACAAGGAGAACGUGUUGAACACUUCACAGCAAUUCUCAUCGCACAACAGCAGCGGCUACAACAACAGCAGCAACAGCUCGUUUAAUACCUCCUCGGAUCUGAACAGCAGCCUUUGCCUGGGAGAUGUUGCCUCGAGCACAGCUAUAACAGCUGCCACGCCCUAUGAUUACUCCAGCAAACUUUGGUAUCGUCGCCAGUAUAGCUUCAGCAAUCGCCAACAGCAGCAGGUGCAGCAGCAACAACAGCAGCAGCAACGUCAGCAACCACAUCAAACUUCGCUGGAUGCUGGACGAGACUUAUACGAUUCGGAUGUUUUGUCCACAAGCGGCAGCUAUAAGCCACCCAAAUAUGAUGCGUCCACAUCUGAGAAACUUCCAUACUGGAUUGAUCCUAUAUGGAGUAAUCCAUUGGAGGAGCCAAAGCAGAAUUUGCUCAACAUUCGUUUGCCGGAACUAAAGGCAUUCAAUGUGCUGCCAAUGUUUUUAUCGCCUUAUACCAUAUCGAAGCACAAGAACAUGAAGCGGCAAUUGUUCGAUUUCGAUAAUCAUGAUCGCAAGAUAGUCUAAAAUUAAGACCGGUAUAA